AUGGCGGACGAGUGCAUCAAAACGAUUCGUAUGGUAGCGUGUGAGAUGAUCAACAAAGCAAACAGUGGGCACCCCGGUGUUCCCACUGGCUGUGCUGCUAUUGCGUACACCCUUUAUACUCGUCACCUCAAAUUUACACCAAAAGCAAGCAACUGGUUGAGCCGUGACAGAUUUGUUCUAUCUAAUGGCCACGGUUCGUCCCUUUUGUAUUUAAUGAAUCAUCUUUGUGGAUACAAAGUGAGUCUGGACGACUUAAAACAAUUCAGACAACUCGACUCGUUGACUCCGGGACAUCCCGAGUAUCAUCACACUGAUGGAGUUGAGGUCACUACUGGUCCUCUAGGUGCCGGUAUGGCUACUGCUGUUGGUCUUGCUAUAGCCGAAAGACAUAUGGCUGCUGAGUUUAAUAAACCAAACUAUGAAUUAGUGAACAAUUACACUUAUGUGUUGCUUGGCGAUGGGUGCUUAAUGGAAGGAGUCACUUCAGAAGCUUCUUCAUUGGCUGGGCACUUGAAGUUGAAUAAAUUGAUUUGUUUGUACGACGACAACCACAUCACUAUAGAUGGUGACACGUCUCUUGCAUUCACUGAGAACGUCAAAGAACGAUAUGAGGCGUAUGGAUGGAAUGUCUUGCAUUGCGAUGGAAAUUGCGUCGAACAGGUCAAUGCGGCAAUCACUCUUGCGAAAUCCUCCGAGAGACCAACACUCAUUAUGUGCAAAACUCUCAUCGGGUGCGGUCUCCCAAAUAAACAGGGGACUUGUAAAGCACAUGGCGAACCCCCAGGAGCCGACCUUAACUUGAUGAAAGAGAAUUAUAAGAUGACUGAAGAGUUCAAAAUCUCUGAGACGGUGUACUCAGAGUUCCAUGGUGCGGCAGAGAAAGGUGCGAAAUUGUAUGAUGAAUGGGAGACUUUAUAUACCAAAUAUGCUUCAGAAUACCCAAAGGAAUACGCCGAGUUAGAAAGAAGAAUCAAACGCGACACCUCUAAAGUGUCUUCGAUGUUCACUGAAGAACUUGAAAAGAACGAGAAAGGUGAAGCGACAAGAAUUUCGUCAUGCACUGCUUUUAAGGAACUUGCUAAAGAACUUCCAGAGACCAUAGGAGGGACUGCGGAUUUAGGAGCUUCCGUCAAAGUUGUCAUUCCAGGGAAGUCAUUUGAUGAAGGGUAUGAUGGGAGAAACAUUCACUUUGGUAUCCGAGAACAUGCGAUGGGAAAUAUUACAAACGGGAUUAGUAUCUAUGGAGGACUUAUUGGGUAUUGCUCCACUUUCUUCGUCUUUUCUGAUUACUUGAGACCAACCGUCAGACUCGCUGCUCUUUCUGGAUACCCGGCAAUUUACGUCUUCACACACGACUCAAUUGGAGUCGGAGAGGAUGGACCAACACAUCAACCAAUCGAGCAUUUGAUGUCAUUCAGAGCUAUGCCAAAUGUCGUCGUCUUAAGACCAUCGGACGCUAACGAGACUCGUGUCGCAUGGAAAUUUGCGGUGCAGCACAAGACUGGCCCAACACUUUUGAUCUUUGCAAGACAGAAUAGCGCAAUUAUUGACAGAAAAGAAUUCGCUAAGUCAGAAAAUUUGUUGAAGGGCGCUUACGUGUUGAAGGACUUUGGAACACCAAAAGUCAUUUUGAUCGCGACAGGGACUGAAGUCGACUUAGCAAUUAAAGCUGCUAAGAAAUUGGAGACUGAGGGCGUCGGAGCAAGAGUUGUCUCAAUGCCAUCGUGGGAAUUGUUCGAACAACAAACUAAAGAAUACAAGGAAAGUGUUUUGCCAAGAAGCAUCAGAGCCAGAGUGUCAGUCGAGGCUGGAGCAACUUUCGGAUGGGAGAAAUAUAUCGGAAUGGACGGCGUUGCGGUUGGAAUGAAUUCAUUCGGAGCAUCUGCCCCCAUAGGAGCCGUUUACAAGAAGUUUGGCAUUACAGAAGAACACGUUGUGGAGGCUGCUAAGAUUAGCAUCACAAAUUCUUUAAUUUAA